AUGUUAAAUGAUGAUCGAUCACCAACAUCAAAAGAACAAUUCAGUAUAAAUAUAACUGGAAUUAUUUAUGAUGCAUUAGCAGCCGAUUUUAAUGGUGAUAGUAAACUUGAUUUAUUUGUACUUUAUAAAGAAAAAUCUAAUCAAAUUGGAUAUAAUGGUGGAAUAUUUUGGGGUGAUAGAGUUAAAUUAAGUAAGUAGAAAUGUAUUGAAAUAGUGACAGGAGACUGAGUACUUUUGAUUAUGUUUGUAAAAGAAGGCGGAGACUCG